UAUCCAUAGAAACCAUAAAUAUUUGCCACAUUUCAUCAUCAAUAUUUAAAAAUAAUUCUUGAAGAAUCUGCAUUAAGAAGAAUCAAAUGUCCAUUUUGCAACCAUCUCGAAAAAUAUUGAACGUCCUUACUAAGGUAUUCCUGCCUCAAACAAGAAAUAUAUGUCAUGUCGUUGUAAAUAAUGAGACGCCAGAAGAAACCAUCUGCAAGUAUGUCUGCUAUUUCAAUCGACAUGAUAUUGAUGGCUGGGAUAUAAGACAAGGUAUGAAUGAUCUAGCAGGAUAUGAUGCAGUUCCUGAUCCUAAGAUAAUAAUUGCUGCACUCAUGGCUUGUAGACGGGUCAAUGAUUAUGCACUGACAGUGAGAUUCAUGGAAAUGGUGAAACAUAAAUGCGGUGAUAAGAUCAAGGAAUUUUAUCCGUAUAUAUGCCAGGAAGUUGGACCAGUGAUGCUGGAAUUGGGCUGCGAUUUUCCAGAAGAUUUAGGCUAUGACAAGCCAGAAUUAUGGUUGAAAUCUAUUUAUGAUGAUUAGUUGAGGAUGAUCAGGAUUAAUAAGAUCUAUUUGAAAUUUAUUAUUUGCAUUGUUAAAAAAAGAAGUAGUUGUGUAUACCAUUAAACUUUAAUAUUUUAUCAUUCCAUAUUUUAAAUUAAAAACAGUUGCCAUAUAUUA